AUUUGUUUCUGAUAGUAACUAGCUGGAAGCCUGUGGAUGAUCUAUAAUCAAUGUGGAAUUGAGCGGACCACAAAGACUCCCUCUGUACUUGGAUCUCAUCACUUCCCAGAUCUUUCAACCAGAGUCGUGCUUUCAUUCCAUUGUGAAGUUGAUGUUAAAGAAAACAUGGACUACUGGAACAUGCCUUUAAAUAGCCUUGGGGAAUUAACGCUGAAGAAACUGAGCACAUAUCUGGACAACUGCACCAUGAAAGGGUGGAGAAAACUGGCUGAAACUGUAGGCGCAGACAGUCGGUUCAAGUGCAGUGAAAGGGAGCUGGAGACGUGCUCGCUGAAGGUUCUUGAUCCAGAUGGAAGCCCAAGUCGAUACUUUAUCCAAUUAAUUGCAGAGCGUGGCUGUCCUGUGAACUAUGUACUCAGCUGUCUGGAUAAGAUGGGGCAUACGGAGGCGGUGCAGUGUGUGUUAUCAAUGGCCUUGGACACCAUACAAAUCAUUGUGCAGCCCAAGUCGCAGGAUGUCACUGUUGGAGACAGUGUGUCUCUCUACUGUCAAGCCAUAGGUCCCCCAGGGCUCGGUUAUCAGUGGUUUCGAGGAAAAGUCGAGGUCAAAGGUGGAAAUUCCUCAGAGCUGCUUUUUAAGUAUGUGGACCGUCAUGAUGCCGACUGGUAUGUCUGCAGAGUUCACUGUGGAACCCAAUAUUCAUUUUCUGAAUGGGCCCGGCUGCGUGUUUAUAGCAGCCCGACAGCAGUGACUAAACUCUGCAAGGUCAAUAUCUUGGUGCAUCCCAAUUCCCGGAGUCUGAAAGAGGGGGAUAACUUGAGGCUUUCGUGUUCAGCUGUGGGCAGUCCUCCACCACAGUACCAGUGGUUCCGAAACAACCAGCUGUUGCCUGAGGCAAAUAAACCAGAUCUGGAGGUUACUGGAGUCACAACUGCUGACCGUGGGAAAUACUGCUGCCGCGUGUUCAAUCUUUACCAUGAGGUUUGGAGCAGGGUUGCUGUGGUAGAGAUUGGACCCAACACUUCCUUCAAUGAUGCAUUUGUUGUGGUCGAUAACACAGUCUCCAGCCCAGGAGUACAACUGGAGGUUGUCCAUCAUCCUACGUGCUUCUACGCGACAGACAAGGUUGCCCUGCUCAUGGGGAACAUGAAUUAUUUACACCACAAGCAGCUGAAGGCUCCUAUGGUGGAUGUACAUGAGCUCACAAAUCUCCUCCGACAGCUUGACUUCAAGGUUGUGUCCUUGCUUGACCUCACCAGACUCGAGAUGCACAGAGCUGUCAAUGAAUUCCUGCUGCUUCUUGGCAAGGGAGUGUAUGGUUUGUUUUAUUACGCUGGUCAUGGAUAUGAAAACUAUGGGAACAGUUUCAUGGUUCCCAUCGAUGCUCCAUAUUCCUACACAUCUGAGCACUGUCUGUGUGUCCAAAAUAUUCUGCAGUUAAUGCAGGAGAAGCAGACGGGGCUGAACAUCUUCCUGCUUGACAUGUGUCGCAAAAGGAACAUGCAUGAUGAAAUAAUUCCACAAAUGGAAUCUUUGAGAGUUACAGCAAACAUUGUUUAUGGUUAUGCCACUUGCCCAGAUGCUGAGGCAUAUGAGAUCAGCCAGGGUGACUUCACAAAUGGAAUUUUCAUCAGUUUCCUGAAGAAGCGCUUACUGGAGGAUGAAAAGAUCACGGUGCUGCUGGAUAAAGUUGCAGAAGAUAUGGGAAAAUGUGAGCUUACAAAGGGAAGGCAGGCUUUGGAGAUCCGGAGUAGCCUGUCAGAGAGACGGUCGCUAAGAGAUAAAAUCAACCCGCCUGAUUAUUACGAUGAGUUUUCAGUCAGGAACUUGCAGUGGGCCAAGGCCAAUGUCCUACCAGAAAGCAAGUACAUCCAGUUUGAUUGUGGAGCCUUGAUUCGUCUGGGAUUUGCAGCAGAGUUUUCAAACAUUAUGAUUAUCUAUGCCAGCAUAGUUCAAACUCCCCAGCAUAUCGUUAAAUGUGAAGCCAGACUGACAGACUUCCCAGAGGACUUGGAUGUCGACCUCAAGCAGACCAACAAAGGCUGUCCUGAGGAGACGGGCAGUGUCUUCUUCUCAUUCAGCAGCUUUAACUUUCCAGAGCAGUGUCUCUACACCAGGCUUAGUGGUCUACAGAAACUAAGGAAGGAGCUGAGCUUUUCCAUCUGCCUACAUUAUCAGUACAAACAAAUUGAAGAGAUCAUAGAGGAAAAGAAAGUAGUGAGUAUUGGAAAGCCUCUUGUCUCUAAACUCAACCUGCAUGGAUCUGAGCAUCAGAGUGGCUACAUCUCAGUUUACGGCUCUUUACAAAGUUUUUCAAGUGAACCUACCCAGAUGUUGAUGAGCAAUUUAAGCCACACUUACUCUCUACCAGUCACCUCCAAGAGUUUGGACAGCUUUGAGGGUUAUACUGACUCAUACAGGUCUGAGAACAAGCACAACUAUCAGUAUUGGAUCUCCAAGGAGCAACUAAGCCAAAACCAAAUAUCAUCAGCAGCUUCAUCCCCAUUCAGGGCCAGUGAAACCAAUGAGGAGGCUAGUGCUCAGAUGAAGUCUCUGAGCCUCUCCUAGUGGUCCAGAGACUCUAUUCAACCUUUGAGCAAGAGGAGGGGCAAUCAACCCAAAGAUGGAGAGCUGCACACCACUGUGCAAAGUACAUCCUUCGACAGAUACUAACUCUUUGUAACUCAUAGCCCAUUAUAGUUCCACCCCCUCUUUCUCAGGGCCCUCUUCCUCGGCAUCGGACAACCAUCUCACACUUCCCAGGAGGACCAUCCUGUUGCUAUUAACUGGGGCACCCGCAAUGACAAGCUUCAGAAACACUGGUUAAACCCAUCCUGUGGCUUACACCGGCAAAUGCCAAUCAAUAUCAGGGAACACAACUCAUCCAAUCAAAAUUAGCUAUGGUAUCCUCCUUUAUUGGGUGGUGGGGUGGAGAUACAUCUCUACCAAGGAAGUGUAAGGUGCUCCUUCCCCUCUGCUAGCCUGCAGGGCACCCUCGGGCAAGUUGUAACCCCUGCUUACCCACCCUGAGCAGGUGAUGGAUGACCGUAUGAACAGCUGGUGCAUAUCACAAGUCCUGAAAUGCAACCACUGAUGCCAAGCAGGCGAUCUCUGAAGAGUAGUGAUAAUAGCUGGGGUCACGUUUUGUAAAGACACUGCCCAGAAGAAGGCAAUGGCAAACCACUUCUGUAGGAAUAUUUGCCAAGGGCAAUGAUGGUCAAAGAGCUGAGGCAUCGUUAUGGACCUGAGCACCCUGGACUGUGGAGAAGCAAACUAGGCAGAAAUUCUUUCUUCUUUCACCAUUCAAGUAUGAAUGUUGGGCAAGAACAGAAUCAGGCUUCACUGCUGCAGGAUUUCCCUGGGCACACCGUACACAUGCUUGGGCGAGAGAAGAGAAGGCAUGCCAACCCUUUGAACUGCAGUGAGACAGAACUGUUGGCCAGAAAGAACUACAGUCUGCAAACCAGUGAAUUCGAAUGAGCCAAGGACAGUGGAUGCAUACGGACCGAUUGCCUUUGUUCUUGCCAUGAGGGAGGAGAUGAAGGCUGCCAUUAUAUGAAGAGACUGUGUUCUCCAUUUUGUGUGUUAGUCGCUUGGCUUGACCAGUGCUUUAGAGUCCACACAAUGAAGCCUGAGGUAAUCUGCGGAGCUAGGGAUUAUUUCCAAAUAAGAAGUUAUUUGUGAGCUGUUCUUCGGGUGGAUAUGAGAUGCAGGUUUAUGAAUUUUGGUCUAUGUGAUUCGAGCUGGAGCCUGAUUGAGAACGAAGAGCCAUAAAUUGCCGAUUGUCACUUGCUGGGAAGAGUGCGAUAAAUGGAUGCUGGCCUGGAACAGAGCCAAUAAAAAGGUAUUAAAGGUCAGACACAUGACCUACAGCCAAUGACACGGGAAUGUAAUAUUUGAAUUGGUAAGAAAUGAACGUAAAAGCAGAUGAUUCAAGUGUGCUGGCAGCGGUAACUCUGUAGGGGACCGACUAACACGGAUGUUUGGAGCCCCACAGACACACGGAUAUUCGAAACGUGGCUACGGGAAACCAGUGGCCAGCAGCAGAAACUCAUUUUUAACUGGUAUUGUAUUUUUUUGUUCUUUGACUGUUCAUGGAAGG